GUUGAACUAAGGCACAGCUUGCUUGUUCCCAGGCGUACGUAAUAGCCCCCGAAUAUCGACUAACCAACCAGCAAACCGCUACCAAAGGUUACUAUAACUGACAGUUUAUCAUUCUUUGUUGUUCGAUCGUUUGUUGAUUGUUGGAAUGACGAUGGAAAACAUGGGCGAGCUGCCGGAUCAACAACUUAACGAUUCGUCCGUCACCACACCAUUGAGUGUCGGAGGAGGCAGUGGAGUAGACACAGCAAGUCAACAGUCCUCACGCGAUACCACACAGUCUGACACUGACUUCCCAGCAGUACCCAGUGUCAGUGCAGUGUCCAGCCCCGAGGCCGAGUUGUCACCAUCUAUCGACAUCUCAAGAACCGAGGCCAUUCCGGUUACGGUGGCCAGUAUGAUCGACAGUACGGAGUUCCGUUCCCAAAUGGGGGACGUUACAUACCAGACUCUGAACGGGAGGAUGAGCCCCAACUACAGCCCUAACAGCUACGCUACCCUCACUCCGUUACAACCACUACCCCCCAUUUCUACAGUGUCAGAAAAGUUCAACCAGAUUCAGGCUUCUAAUGUCAGUGGAAAUGGUUUUACACUUAUGAACAAUGGACUUGGCAUGGAUAUGAACACUGCUUACAGAUAUGACAAAAUGAUGGGGAUGGGGAUGAACAUCUCCAAUAUGGGCCCAAGUUUGGCCACAAGCCCCAUGACAAUGAUGACAACAAACGGAUAUUCACAAGGUGUUGGACCUUACGGUUAUAAUGUGAAUGUAAGUCUUGGUGUAAGUCAAAAUGGACUGCCUUCACCCAAGUCCGAUCAUAAGUCCCCUACAGGAUUAUCACCAAAUACAUAUGAAACAUAUCGAAAUCUGGCUCCGCCACCAACACGACUCAGUUCUCCUAAUCCUGUCAUGAUGUCGACACUCAAUGGAUUGCAUGGAAAUCAUACAGUUACACCUGAUGCGUCACCAAAUAGUCAAAGUUCCAGUCCCCAGAGGGGUCAGUCAGUUGGUCCAAUGGAUUCUCAGAGCAAUAAAGAAAUCGAGGAAAUAAACACUAAGGAACUGGCACAGAGAAUCAGCAGCGAACUUAAACGUUAUAGUAUACCACAGGCAGUUUUCGCACAGAGAGUUUUAUGUAGAAGUCAGGGAACAUUAAGCGAUCUUUUGCGAAAUCCAAAACCAUGGAGCAAAUUGAAGUCUGGGAGGGAAACGUUCCGCAGAAUGUGGAAAUGGCUUCAAGAACCAGAAUUUCAGCGAAUGUCUGCAUUGCGUCUCGCAGGCAAAUCAUUCGGGGAGGUGUCCAUUAAGGAGGAAUCGGUGUCAGCAGGCAGCUUUGGGCACCCUAUAGCCAGCAUAGCCUGCAAAAGGAAAGAGCAGGAACAACAGGCCCAGGACCAGAGGCACCCCAAAAAACCCCGGCUAGUGUUUACUGAUAUUCAGAGGAGAACGUUGCAUGCAAUAUUUAAGGAAACCAAGAGACCAUCAAAGGAAAUGCAAGCUACAAUUGCACAGCAACUCGGACUUGAAGUGUCCACUGUCGCCAAUUUCUUCAUGAACGCUCGCCGGCGGUCAAUUGAUAAAUGGCGAGACGACAAUGGUAACAACAAUAGAGACAGUGUCCCCAAGAGCUGAGUUGUCGUGACGAUGUCCAACAGGUUUCUCAGUGAUUGUGGUCGGUCAUCUUCGUUGUGCAUCCAUAUUUUGUUCAUCUGUCCAUAGAACAGUCAUUGGUGCGGCAUACAUCGUACCAUAAACAUUUCAUAUAAAUAUUAUAUAUUGAUGAAUAAUCAUUAUGUUAACAAGAAUAGUGUGGGUAUAGAUGUGUGUAAGUGAAGGUUGUUAUGUAUGCAUGUAAGGAGGUUUGAUAAAAGUCCUCUCCCACAUACCAUGGCACAACUAUAGUGUUCUAUCUCAUCAAAAUCCACAUGACCAGAGAAUGGAGUUUAUUUACAUUCUGACCUUUUUGUUAAGAAAUCCCUGAUCAAUCAUUCCAUUUACAAAGAUGUAUGUUUUAAUUUAUGUGAACUUUUUUUUAUUUA